GCGUGCGUGUGAGACGGUCGUGUCUAGUGUGCAGUGACAGUGCCGCGUGUCGAGUGUGUUCUGUGGAGUGGAGUGAGUGCUGUGCUGUGUUCGCCGGACGAUGACCGUGUGUGUUUGACGUGGGGAUGUAUCCGAGCGCGGGCGCGAUGAACGCCGCCGCCGCCGCAGCUGCCGUGGCGGCCGCCAGGCACCCGGGUCCGCCGCAGCCAGGCCAACCGAUCAAGUUCACCGUAGGCGAGUCCUGUGACCGGAUCAAAGAAGAAUUCAACUUCCUCCAAGCGCAAUAUCAUAAUUUAAAAUUAGAAUGUGAAAAGCUGGCUAGUGAAAAAAUUGAAAUACAGAGGCAUUAUGUUAUGUACUAUGAAAUGUCGUACGGCCUCAAUGUGGAAAUGCACAAACAGACGGAGAUAGCAAAGCGACUGAACGCAAUAAUCGCGCAAAUUCUGCCGUUCCUGUCUCAAGAACACCAGCAGCAGGUGGCUUCAGCGGUGGAGCGAGCCAAACAGGUCACCAUGACUGAACUCAAUGCUAUCAUAGGGCAACAAAGGCCAGACCUGCCGCGGUUGCUGCAACAGAUGCACGCCGCGCACCUACCGGCGCACGGGGCGCCGCCCCUGCCUCUGCUCGGCCAGGGUGCUCUGCCCCCGGCAGGCCUCCUCGGGCUCGGAGUACCCCACCACCCGCUCUCAGUGCUCGCCAAGCCACCUGAUCUACAUCGACCAGACGACAAGGGCAACGGUAUCAGUUCAGCAGAGGAGCGACAUAGAAACUCGAUAUCUCCGGGAGAGAGAGAAAAGUACAGGACGCGGAGUCCAGCGGAGCCUGAUCACAAAAAGCUAAAAAAGGAGGAGAAAGAUAUGGGCCAUGAGCUGGUGGUAGACGACGCGAGUGAAGAGCCGACGUCUCCCCACAACGGCGCUCCGUCGCCCCGGGAGAACGGGCUCGACAAACUGCAACCCAAGAAAGAACACCCCCCACACAGUCCUAGAUCAGGGACAUCAAGUAACGCGUCGACACCGUCAGCGAAGAAGCUAGACGAGAAACCCAGUACACCUAUUUCUAAGCCCGUGACGCCGACCUCUGGAGCGAGUGGCGCAGGCGCAGCGGGGGCCCCGUUGAAGGCUGCAGUCAAACCCCCCGCACUCCAGUAUCCGUAUUUGGGAAACGGGGCGCAUGAUGCGUACGGACUGGCGGGGUAUUCGGCGAGGGCGGCGCUGGCCUAUGAACCUCUACGCCCGCCCAUCGGUCCUGCAGCCCUGGCACCUAUUCCUGGUGGAAAACCAGCUUACUCAUUCCACGUAUCGGCUGAAGGACAAAUGCAGCCAGUUCCGUUUCCCCCUGACGCGUUGAUGGGUCCAGGCAUUCCUCGGCAUGCGAGACAAGUGUCUGCGCUCGCGCAUGGUGAAGUCGUUUGCGCAGUGACAGUGUCCUCGCCUACUAAAUACGUCUACACUGGAGGCAAAGGCUGCGUCAAAGUAUGGGACAUCAGUCAACCCAGUAAAGCUCCAGUCAGCCAACUGGAUUGUUUGCAAAGAGAUAACUACAUCAGGUCGGUGAAGUUGCUCCCAGAUGGUCGGACGCUGAUUGUUGGGGGCGAAGCGUCAAACCUCUCUAUCUGGGACCUGGCGUCACCAACACCCAGAAUCAAGGCUGAACUCACAUCGUCAGCACCCGCCUGUUACGCGCUUGCCAUUAGUCCCGACUCCAAGGUGUGCUUCAGUUGUUGUUCAGACGGUAACAUUGCUGUGUGGGAUCUGCACAAUCAGACGUUGGUCCGGCAAUUCCAGGGCCACACAGAUGGUGCUUCUUGCAUCGACAUCUCUGCUGAUGGUACAAAACUUUGGACCGGCGGGCUUGAUAACACCGUACGGUCAUGGGACUUAAGAGAAGGCAGACAAUUACAACAACACGACUUCAGUUCUCAAAUAUUCUCCUUGGGAUACUGUCCUACAGGUGAAUGGCUAGCAGUAGGCAUGGAGAAUAGCAACGUGGAAGUCCUGCACGCCGUGAAGCCGGACAAAUACCAGCUGCAUCUCCACGAGUCCUGUGUCCUCUCCUUACGCUUCGCCUCCUGCGGCAAGUGGUUCGUGUCCACCGGCAAGGACAACCUCCUCAACGCGUGGCGUACUCCCUAUGGUGCCAGUAUAUUCCAGUCGAAGGAAUCGUCAUCGGUGCUCAGCUGCGAUAUUUCCUCAGACGACAAAUACAUAGUGACGGGCUCCGGUGACAAGAAGGCCACAGUUUACGAGGUUAUCUACUAGGAGAGUGUGACCACAGACACAGACUAUAUACCUAACUGCGAACAAACUCGAUCAAGUGUAGUGAGUUGAGUGGACGUUCCGCGAACGCCGACGUACAGUGGCAAGUGGUGAUAUAGCUUUAGUGUAUGUAUAGAUAUCGGGAUGCCUGUAUGUACUUAUGCGACUUGUUUAUAUAGAUUAGUGUGCGCGUUUUAUGUUUAUUUGUUGAGCGCCCGUAGUGUAUGUUGGCAGCAGAUCUCAAAAUGACGAUUUCGUUUCAAUAUUGUUGUAAAAUGCUCGUAUUAAAAAAGAUAUGCGCAAAGUA